AUCACGGGCGCGCGGUGUGGGAAGACUACGAUUCCUUCGGGAGAAUGUACGCACAUCGACGACUGCUUUCGGGUGCAUUUAUUGGUUUAUUGUUUUUUUCAUAAUGAUUUGCUUAUACUCAGAGCCAGUGAAACAUGCUGCAGUUUACGUCUGUUUGGAUGGUUUUGCUUUUGGAUGUAGUCAAUAUAAUAUUUGGUGAUCCAAGUGGAUUUGAAGGAAAUGAAAGGACGUAUGCUUACGUUGGUGGGGAUUUUAUUAUUGGAGCUUUGUAUCCCUUACAUUACCCACCAAGGAAAAAUCAUAUAUCUAGUCUAGGAAUAAAAUGUGGCGAGAUACGAGAACAAUACGGCAUCCAGAGGGUAGAAGUAACCUUACAAACCCUGGACGACAUUAAUAAAGACCCGAGCAUACUGCCAAACGUAACUUUAGGAUUGGAAAUAAGAGACGAAUGUUGGUACGCACCGGUAGCUCUUCAACAAAGUAUAGAGCUGAUCAGAGACUCCAUUACUCCCGUAUCAAAAGCGAAAACGUGUCCUGCCGCAACCGGAUACGACUUUAACGAUCAAAAUGGACAAAUAAAGGAUGAAAACAGGGGACAGCUAAUAGGUGUGAUUGGCCCUGGAUCAAGUUCGGUCGCUAUGCAAGUGCAAAACUUGUUGCAGCUGUUUCAGAUACCACAAAUUAGUUAUUCUGCUACGUCAAAAGACCUUUCAGACAAGACCAGAUUUAAUUAUUUUUUAAGGGUAGUGCCCUCGGACUAUUACCAAGCUCAAGUCAUGCUAGACAUCGUGAAACAUUUCGGAUGGACUUACGUCUCAGUGGUUAACACAGAUGAAAACUAUGGACAAUCGGGCAUACAAGCGUUCCGUGAACUAGCAGAAAAAGCUGACGUAUGCAUUGCUAAGGAAAACUCAGUACUGAGCCAAGCAGCCGAUGCCGUAUUCGAUAAUGUGAUUUUAAAUCUAAAACAAGAUCCCAAAGCGGUAGUGGUGGUGUGUUUUUGUGAAGGAAAGACCAUUACUGGCUUACUGAAUGCUACCAAAAGGCUUGAUAUGACUAAUUAUUUUUUGUUUAUUGGCAGUGAUGGCUGGGCCGACCGAGACGAGAUAACUAACACCUUGGAGGAGCAAGCGUGGGGCGGCAUAUCAAUCCGUAUCCACUCGCCUUUAGUCAAGCCUUUCGACGAAUAUUACUCCUCCUUGAAACCGGAAACAAACACCAGAAAUCCUUGGUUUAGAGAGUUCUGGGAGAAGAAGUUUAAAUGUAAACUAAAAGGGGAAGAUUCCUCACUAUCUGCUGAAAGUACAGAAUCCUGGGGGGAGUCGGUGUACUCGAGCUCCACGGAUUUUUCUUCAGAUUAUUAUUACGACAACUACGUGACUGAGAUGGAAGGAUUGAGUAAUGUUACUGCUGCUGUGACAAAUGAGAUUAUCGGGAAUUUUUGUACAGGUAAUGAAACUUUAAUAAACAACUACAAGCAAGAUCCCAAGCUUAGCUUCGUGGUGAAAGCUAUAAAAAGUUUCGCAUACGCUUUACACCAUAUGCUUAUGGAUAUGUGUGGUACUUAUGGAGGUGUAUGUGAAAAUAUUCCUUAUCGAUUUAACGGAACAUUACUUAGGGUAAACAACAUUCAAAAUUAUUUAAUGAACGUUUCGUUUAAAUACGAUGGAGAACAAUUCCGUUAUAACGAAAACGGCGAUCCCCCGGGCCGUUAUGACAUCAUGAAUUUCCAGAGGCUGGAAAACGGUUCGUUUGUUUACGUGGAAGUCGGGAGUUGGAAUAAUCACAGUUUAACCUGGACCAAAGAGCCGCAGUUUCCAGAAAUUCGCUCCAAAAAGAAUGUUAGGAAUAUUAGCGUUUGUGCGGAACAGUGUGCACGAGGUCAUUAUAAGAGCGUUCAACAAGGGGGAAAAGAUAAAAAAUGCUGUUGGGCAUGCGUACCUUGUCAAGCGGGGGAAAUAUUAGAUAUAAGUGGUGCUAAGUGUAGAAGAUGUCCAGAUGGAUCUGCACCUGAUAUUAACAAAACAGACUGCCAAAAGCUUCCUAUUAAGUUUGUCCAAUGGCACGACCACGCAGCAAUAGUAGCGAUAGUCUUCUCCUCCUUGGGCCUUCUGACGUCAUCUGCCGCCCUAAUUAUUUUUCAUAAAUACCAUGACACCCCAGUUGUAAAAUCCUCAACCAAAGAACUAUGUUACAUAAUCUUAGUCGGUAUGACUCUCGCACAUUUAUCCAUAUUUGCCAUGAUCGCGGAACCUUCUGGUUAUAGCUGUUCAGUUACCAGAUUUUUACCCGGAGUGGCUUUUGCUAUGGUUUACUCGGCAUUGCUGACCAAAACCAAUAGGAUUGCGAGGAUUUUGGCUGGAAAUAAGAAGAGGUUUCCCAAUAGAAAGAUGCUUUUUAUGAGUACCACUGCGCAGGUGCUUAUAGUUAUGUUUUUGAUCAGUAUUGAAAUUAUUAUCUCAGGAGCAAUGUUAUUUAUUCAAAAGCCAGACGUUACAUACUUCUACUUACCAAACAAAACCCUGCUGGAGUGCGAUAUAUCUCCGGAAGCGAUAAUAGUCCCGCUUUCAUUCGAUUUCUUCCUGAUUCUCCUCUGCACCGUAUAUGCCGUAAAAACCAGAAAUGUACCGGAAAAUUUUAACGAGGCCAAAUUUAUAGGGUUCGCCAUGUACACGACAUGCGUAAUUUGGAUCGCUUUCGUCCCUAUUUAUUAUGGAAGCGCUGCAAAGGCCAUUACGAUGUGCAUGUGUGUAACGCUGAGCGCAUUGGUCACUUGGGUGUUCUUAUUUGUGCCAAAACUUUAUAUAAUUUUAUUUAAGCCAGAGAAAAACAAUAGGGUGUUCUUUACCACCACGAAGAUAAGGUGCCAUAUUGGAUCUAAGGUUGCUUCGGCUUUUCUGCAGAAAACUUCUACUAACAGUUGGAGAGGGAGCAGUACCACCACGAAUUUCAACUCAGAACAUGACAGACCCAUUAAAGAAGUUGUAAAACGAUCACUGUCAUGCCAAACAGGGUUGGACCUGCUAGAAAUUUUAUUAAAUCCAAAUCGAUUAGUAAUGGAUCUGUCACCCCAAGAGGAUUCUAUGGCUGUACGCAUAGUGGAGAAGGAUUGCGGCUGUAGCGACGUCAAUUGCCAAAUGAAGCAUAUAACUAUCACGUUACCAGACAAUCCGAGAAAUAACUCUUAGUUUGUAGCUAUAUUAGUUAAUAAACUAUUGACCAAUAUUAAUAGAA